AUGAAGAACGAAACGCGCAGUCCAGCGAAACCGACCUCGAAGAGGCCGAGGAGCCCCUCCCUGUUUGAGACAGUGGCUCAGUCGCUGGCCAAUCAGCUUCCGAGUCUCAGCAAUGCGGCUCCUUGCUGUGCCUCCCUGGCAGAUCGUCAGUGGAACAGACAUUGCUUGCUUUCUGAAGAAUCGUGGUCAAGUUCCACCCCAAAGUUCGGAUCGGGUUCCCCAAGUGGUAGCAUCGGCGAUGAGACGCUUGUUGGAACCAUAUCGGAGUCCGAUACGCAACCGAGUCGUGAACCGUUGAAUGGGUCGAUUCGCUGGAGCUCCGACAGUUCCGCGUCGGUUUGGGAAGCGGUACAUGGGGUAGAGACACAUGAGGUUGUGGAGGGUCUGGCCGCACGCUAUGGGAGGGUCUCCAACAUGGUGAUCCUCGAUCGGAGCUAUCGCACUUUCUUAAACAAGGCCCGAACGGCGGCGCUGUUCUACAAAGUGAUGAAUCAUGUGGCUGUGGUCAGCGGGGACCCCCUGUGCGACCCAGACCUUUUUGGCGAGAUCCUCAAUGAAUUCAAGGCGUACCGGAAGAAGCACCACUGGCGACUCGCUUUUGUGGGUGCCAGCGACAUACUAGCCAAGUAUGCUCGUCAACAGCACUGGAAGACAAUACACUUCGCCACGGAGCGCGUGCUCAACCCAAUCACCAAUGACGUCCUAUCAGAACGAAGUGGCAAGCGGAUGAUUGUCCAACACAAACAGCUCCUCGAUCCAAUCAAGGGCGGGAUCAGUUUAGGCGUCUAUAUGCCGGCAUACCGACAAGACCAGCGCCUCCAGAGCGAACUGGUAGCCAUGUACAACGCAUGGUGCCAACAACAGAACCAAACCACGACCCCCAAGGCCUUCAUCACGGUCUAUAACCCCUUCGACUUCCCCAACCUGAUGCUCUACAUCUACACCCAGGCGGCCGACGGGUCCCCAAACGGGUUCGCCGCGCUUCGCUGGAUGGGCGCGACGCAAGGCUACCACAUCGACCCCUGCAUCGCAGCCCCGAACUCGCCCAAAGGAAUCACCGACUUGCUAGUCUUCGCGGCAAUGGCCCUUGUGAACCAGCUUGGCUGCCCCUACCUUAGUCUGGGAUGUGAGCCGCUUGCAGUCCUCGACGAGGUCACGGGGAUGUCACCCACGGUUGCGAAGCUCGUACGCUCCAUGCACACCGCGAUCUUUCAGCGACUACCGAUCAGUGGGAAAAAGGCGUACCACGACAAGUUUCGGCCUGACGCGGACCAGGAGUCAAAGUUGUAUCUAGUGUUUCCGUCGGGUGGCCUGGCGCUUCUCCAGCAGCUGGUUGCCGUUACGCACAUUGCCAAUAUCAGCUUCCGCAGGCUUUUGCGCGCUAAAGCUAGUUGA